GUGGGAUGGCCGCUGGAAACCCAGUCAGAGCAAUCCCAAAGUCCUUGGGAAUUUGUUUAUGUUUAGAAUAGCUGAGCUAUGUCUUCUUUGUGGCUUAGUCCAGCUGGUCAGGAGGCAACAGCCAGUUUCAGCCGGUCUGAGCUCUUGAGGGCUGCGAUUCCUUCCGGGUGAUACUUGGAAAUUGGCACCAUGGAGAUGAAGAGGAAGCCCUGCCCACCAUGGUCAGCACAGGCCCCACGAGGGCCCGGAAGCUGUUUAGUGAAAAAAUUAGCGGGGCCGAAGGAACGAAGCUGGAUGAGGAGUUCCUGGACAUGGAAAAGAAAGUAGAUAUUACAAAUAAGGCUGUUGCAGAAAUCCUGUCAAAAGCCACCGAAUAUCUGCAGCCCAAUCCAGCAUACAGAGCUAAGCUGGGAAUGCUGAACACUAUGUCGAAGCUCCGAGGGCAGGUGAAGACCACCGGCUACCCGCAGACGGAAGGCUUGUUGGGGGAUUGCAUGCUGAAGUAUGGCAAGGAGCUUGGAGAAGAAUCUGCUUUCGGCAACGCGUUGGUAGAAGUUGGUGAAUCCAUGAAACUCAUGGCUGAGGUGAAAGAUUCUCUGGAUAUUAAUGUGAAGCAAACGUUUAUUGACCCCCUGCAGCUACUGCAAGAAAAAGACUUAAAAGAGAUUGGGCACCACCUGAGGAAACUGGAAGGCCGCCGCCUGGAUUAUGAUUAUAAAAAGAGGCGAGUAGGUAAGAUACCCGAGGAAGAAAUCAGACAAGCGAUAGAAAAGUUUGAAGAGUCAAAGGAGCUGGCCGAGAGAAGCAUGUUUAAUUUUUUAGAGAAUGAUGUAGAGCAAGUCAGCCAGCUGGCCGUGUUUGUAGAGGCAGCGUUAGACUAUCACAGGCAGUCCACAGAGAUCCUCCAGGAGCUGCAGAACAAGCUAGAGUAUCGUAUAGCGUUUGCCUCCAAACUCCCCAGGCGAGAUUACGUGCCAAAGCCUGUGAACACAAGCCCCAGUGACAUCAAUGGAGUCCCCACCAGCACUUCCUCAAAGAUAUCAGGUACUCACAUUCCCGAGGACCAACCCUGCUGUCGCGGUCUCUAUGACUUUGAGCCAGAAAACCAAGGAGAAUUAGGAUUUAAAGAAGGGGACGUCAUUACACUAACCAAUCAGAUAGAUGAAAACUGGUACGAAGGAAUGCUGCGUGGGGAAUCCGGCUUCUUCCCCAUAAAUUAUGUGGAAGUCAUUGUGCCUUUACCUCGGUAAAAUGUGUCUGUUGGACCUGAUUUCGUAACUGAAAUGAAUUUGCACCCGUGUUUCUUCAGUGUGUUCUGUGACACCCUCCCUCUCUGGCCCACUUAGUCACUUUUGUAUGUGUGUUUUCUUUAAAAUGUAUUUUGUAUCAAUUUAA